UAGAAAAAAAGAAAAAGAGUCGUGAACAGUGGAGAUGCUCUAAGAAGAAUAGCAAAAGGUGUAGCAGCAUAUGAGAGGAAAUUGGGUGGCCGUCGUGGACUCCUUCACCACCCCAUGGAUACGAUUGAGCAUUUUCUUUUAGACGUUUGUUUUGUGUGUGGUUCUCUUUCCCCUUAUCCCCUAAACCUUGGUUUAUUUCAACAAAAUAAACCAACCCCACUUGUUUCUAUUUCAAUGCAUUACCCUCUUCCCUCCUCUGGGUCUAUUUACUCAUUCAAAACCCAAGAAAUUAAAGGAAAUAUAAGCAUACACAUGGCAAAUGGCCGCCUCCCCGACCACCAGAACUGGCCGAGACCGGGCUUGCUAUAUAGUGAAGCGCUUCGGGAGCUCCAUGCAACCAUUGAAAAUGAUUGGGACUCGGUUAAACAGUCGGCUUGCCAGACGGCAGCUGGGAGGGCACUUUGGAAGCAUGUUGUACAUGAUCCAUUGGCCGAGUUAUUUGCAGGAGAAACGUACCUCAAAAGUCUUUACGAGAAGAUCAAGAAAGACCGGCUCAACAAUGCCAGGGAAGUUUCUGGGGUGAUUCUUGCUGUUCGGACUCUUUGGUUCGAAUCAAAGUUGGAGGCUGCUGUCAAGUCCUUUGGUGGAGGAGCUCAAGUUGUUCUUCUUGGUGCAGGAAUGGAUACAAGGGCUUAUCGGUUGGACUGCUUGAAAGAUAGUGAUGUUUAUGAGAUGGACUUUCCAGAGGUGUUGCAAAUGAAGGACACGCUACUUGAGGCAGCAAUGGAGUCGAUAAACGAACCCAUGUUAACCGCAAAAUCCCUUAGAAGAAUAGCAGUGGAUAUCAGAGAUGAGGACUGGUUCAAGAAGCUUCAGGCAUCAGGGUUCAAACCAGAGAAGAACACAGUGUGGAUUCUUGAAGGCAUUAUCUAUUAUCUUGAGCAUUCCCAAGCCAUGGGGGUAUUGAAAACAAUUGCUGACAACUGCAACCUCACGGAGACCGUUUUGCUAGCAGAUUUCAUGAAUAAACAAUCAACUACACUCUCCAGCUCCAACUUUCAUUUCUACAGUGAUUGGCCUGAUCAUCUGCUUCCUUCUUUGGGGUUCUCUGAUGUCAAGCUUUCACAAAUCGGAGAUCCAGAUGCUGAUUAUGGUCUGUUGCACGAUCCCCUUAAUCUGUUUAACAAACUGCGAGGCUUGCCAAGGUCCAUUCAGAACCAUCCAGAUGAUGGAACUCCAUGCUGUCGCUUGUAUUUGGUGCAAGCUUCUGGUUCUCCCAACCAAACUAUUUCAAGAGUCAGCUCUUCAUGAGCAUAGAUAUUUAUCAUACCACCAAUUAUAUGUAGGUUUGUUGGCAUCAAUGUGAUUCUUUAAAGAAGCAA